AUGGACGCGGAUCAGACAGGAGAGUUCCUGAAUAAGCUGCGACUUGGCGACUUACGCUACCAUCCUCAGCGGCCAUACAAGCCCAAGAACCAGACCAGACAGAAGGAAAGCCUCAGGCAAAUCUUGGGUCAUCUACCCUCAACCUCCAAUAAUCAUGAUCAGCUUCAACAUGCUUCGGGGAUCGAGUAUCAGGAAAUCGACAUCAUCGAAGACUUCUUCAUUCUCCUCGGUAUCCAAGGCACCCUCAUCGAGUAUCACAAAAACUUCUCCCGCGACGACCCUUUCGAAAGACUCCAGGGCGCUCGAUUCUCUAUUGGCUAA